GUCAAUCGAAUGUGUUAUAAUCAGCUGUGCAUAACAUUGUUUUUGUCGAUUAUUUUUACGAUUUUUGUCAAACAUAAACAAUUGCCGCUUAGAAGUUUACAAAUGCAUGGUGCACGUGCUAUUGGGCGUAUUUAUAAUUUGCAACGUGCUACCUUUGGAAUUGCUAGCACUUUUUCCACACGCAUUUGCGGGGCAAAGACAUUUGUGAGCACCUUACCUAUGACGUCAACGACUUCUAGCAGCGGGAGAACUACGCCUACUAAACUUUCACCGGAGCUUGUGGCACAGCUGGGCAAGCCGCCAAAGAUGCGUGACAAUCCAGCAUUUACACGCGUUGACAGCGAUGAGUUCCGCAGUAUAUUUACGCCGGAGUUGGAAGCCUUGGUUGCACUGUUCAAGAAGUACAACUAUGAGCUACGCAUUGCUGGUGGCGCGGUCCGUGACAUAUUGAUGAAGAUCCAGCCAAAGGACAUUGACCUGGCGACUACAGCGACACCUGAUGAAAUGAAAGAGAUGUUUAACAAGGAGGAGGUUCGCAUGAUCAAUGCCAAGGGCGAAAAGCAUGGAACAAUAACCCCACGGAUUAACAACAAAGAAAACUUUGAGGUGACAACACUGCGUAUUGAUGUUCGCACCGAUGGGCGGCAUGCGGACGUUGCAUUCACCACCGACUGGCAGUUGGAUGCCAACCGUCGAGACCUAACCAUUAACUCCAUGUUUCUGGGAUUCGACGGCACAGUCUACGAUUACUUCUAUGGCUACAAUGAUUUGCAGCAGCAUCGCAUUGUUUUUGUUGGCGAUGCCGAUGUGCGACUAAAGGAGGACUAUUUGCGAACACUACGUUACUUUCGUUUCUAUGGGCGUAUUGCCGAAAAUGCACAUUCUCAUGAAAAAGAUAUACUGGAGGCCAUUAAGGCAAAUGGAGACGGUUUAGCACGCAUCAGCGGAGAACGCAUUUGGUCGGAGCUUCAAAAGAUUUUGGUUGGCAACUACGGCCGUGAGUUGCUACUUGAAAUGCACAAUUGCAGCUUGAGCAAAUAUUGUGGACUGCCGGCACAGCCAAAUCUCAAAGAAUUUGAUCGACUCUGCGCUGACUUGGAUACUUUUGAAAAACCACACUAUCCGAUAUUGUUCAUGGCCGCACUGCUGCAUAAUGUUGAGGAGGCUGCGAGCCUACACGAACGCCUCAAACUGUCUGCUUUUGAGCGGGAUCUGGCGCUCUUCAUAGUACAGCAACGAGCUCGGGUGGACGACGAGUAUAAGAGCUUGCUUGACUAUCAAAAAUUGUGCUUACAACCGUAUGCUAAGCGCGAAUACGUAGAACAGCUCCUUAAGUAUUCAAAUAAGGAAGAGCUGUAUAGCCAGCUUAAAGCCUGGAAGACGCCAAGCUUUCCACUAAAUGGAAAUGCUUUAAAAAGUUUUGGUCUCACAGGUAAGAAAGUAGGUUUGGUACUAAGUGAACUGCGUCUGCUUUGGGCAGACAGCAAUUUUCAGUUGGGGUCGGAUGAGCUGAUGGAGCAAGUGCCGGAUUUAAUAAAACAACUACAGUCUCCACCGGGUACGCCGAAAAAGAAACAACGCACACAAUAGCGUUUGAAAACAAACUUAUUAUUUAUAUUGUGAUUAAAUUUGUUCUCUAAGAAAA